AUGAGCACAACAUCGUCACGUACAGCAGACGACGGCCUGACGGAACUUGACGGUCACGUGCCGGGCCACUUCCGCCUUCCAACGCGCGGGAGCCAACAGCCUUUAGACGAAGAUGAGGAUCGUGCGCUGGUCUCCAACGGUACCGGUGGCGAUGAUGGUUCAUGUUUUUCCGGUGACCCACACGAAGUUCCCCAUCCGGAGGAACCGACGCAACUCAACACCCGGACACUCCGGCGGAUGCAGCGGGCCGUUGCGGGUGGCAACAUUCCGUUACGUGCAGAUCUGCUUGGGGGCACGAAUUUACGAGCGCAGCGGACGGCGAGUGCCAUCACUGCGAUGAGUUGUACUUCUGGUGGGAUGGAUGCUCAGUCCAGUGGUUGUGAUACGUCGCGGGCGGAGAGUAAACAAAAAUCUAACGAUGUGCCUUUGGGUCGCGCUCAUGAUUCGGUGGCAAACCUCUCAAUGGCCAGCGUGGAAAGCAUGUGUGGCAGUACCGUUAUGCCAAACAUACUCAACCGAAAGAAUCUGGACUUUUUUUCUGCUCAAUUGCUCAGCGGGGGAGCGCGGCUUCGCCAAGAGUUCCUCUCGGGUGAAGAUGUGAAACCGCGGGGCGGUGAGCCCUCCGAAAUGGCAACAGCAGAUUUGCCAAUGAGUUUGUGGACGGAAGGUGGCGGUAGUGAACAUUUGAGCCGAUUUAUCUCCCAAAGUGACAUUGGAUUAAAUACGGAGGAAACACGACAGGGAAAUGCAGCAGAUAGCCUCAGUGAGGCCACAAACCCGCGGACUCCAGCAAAUGAAGAGGGUAUGCAGAGCGUAAUGGCGGAAAUGGGCACAUUUGGUUCAUCUUCACGUAUAGCCGAUCCCACCACGGCAUCGGAAGGAUCAGCCCAAAAAAAGUAG